CGAUAAGAACUGUUUCAUCACUUAUAUUUUACCAGCAUCAGUGUCGUCAGUGAAUGAUGCCGUUUUCUCGAUGAAAGCAACUGCACUUUUAUACGUUGCAUUUCCUUUCCUUUUGAUUCAGCCAAGUGUGAACCGUUUUAUCAUAGGCUGACUGAGUGCAUCAACGCCACAUCUGGGAAGGUGUCCAAUAACCGCAGAGUCGCGAUGGCAUCGCAAAGAGCUAUACAGAGGACGUGCAUCCGAGGUUUCACGCGAAGAGGUAUCAGCACGACCGCGCGGCGAGAUGCCGACUUUACACAUGCGGUCAUCGGCGGCGGCGUCGUAGGCUUGGCCAUAGCGCGCCAGCUGCAAGGCCGAGAUGGCGCAUCGACCGUGUUAAUUGAGAGGCACGGCACGGUGGGUACGGAGACAUCCUCUCGGAACUCAGAAGUCAUCCACGCAGGCUUGUACUACGGUCCCGACUCUCAAAAGACACCGUUGUGCAUUAAGGGCAAGUCGAUGCUAUAUGACCUCUGCGCUAAACACUCGAUCCCGCAUCGGAAUACGGGGAAGUGGAUUGUCGCGCAAGACGACACGCAGUUCAAGGCGCUAGAAGGCAUUCACACCUUCUCAAAACAGGUCGAUGUGCCGACACGAUUUCUGAGUAAAGAGGAGGCGCAGCGGAGGGAACCCGAUGUCCGCGCCGAGGCGGGUGUGCUCGAGAGCACAAGCACAGGCAUCGUAGACAGCCACUCCCUGAUGCAGUUCCUCGAGGGUGACUUCGAGAACCGCGGUGGCAUCUGCGCCUUCAAGUCCCCCGUCGUCCACGUAAGCCCAAUUGACUCUGGUCGCGGCGGCUGGGAAGUCACCACCAAGACGGCCGAUGGCGAGGAAUCCACUAUCACGGCAGAAACCCUAAUUAACUCCGCUGGUCUUGCUGCUAUACCCAUCUCCAACAUGAUACUCCCACCAGAGCGACAUAGAAAGCCCUUCUACGCAAAAGGCACGUACUAUAGCUACGCCGUCAGUAAACCCAAACCCUCCACCCUCGUCUACCCCGCCCCCAUCCCCGGUCACGGCGGUCUGGGCACCCACCUCACCCUCGACAUGGCAGGCCGCAUCCGCUUCGGUCCGGACGUAGAGUGGACCGACGACCCCUCGGACUACACGCCGAACCGCGCGAACCUGAGCGCCGCGCUCGACGAUAUACAAUCAUAUCUUCCGGGGAUUGAUCGGGAGGCGAUAGAUCUAGACUACGUGGGUAUCAGGCCGAAGCUAGGCCGAGCCAGCGCGACGAGCGGGGGUAAGGGGUUCGUAGACUUCUGGAUCGAGAAGGAGGAUGGGUUCGAGGGCUUUGUGAAUUUAUUGGGGAUCGAGAGUCCAGGGUUGACGAGUUGUCUAGCGAUUGCGGAGAAGGUGGAGGGGUUGGUGUAUCGGUGAUGCACUUACGCACAUAGUUGCGCAAACUCUGUACACAAAAAACCUAGAGAUGGUACCAAGAACAGUCGAAUCUGCAGGCAGCUUCCAACUAGGCGCGCCCCGCUCAAUCACUAAUCGCACU